GAUAGUUCUGUCCCUUAGUUGACCUAACAGCAGGUAGAAGAGGCGGUGGCACGACGCACUCAGCUUUUACGACGCUAUUUUGCAUUUGCUCCUGAUCGGACUCUGAUCUGUUAUUCUUUCAAUAGCAAGCAAAAUGACUGAAAAAAGAAACUGUAUAAUUGCUGUGGAUGGUAGUGAACAUUCUGACUAUGCUCUUGAUUGUAAGUUGAUUGUAAAUUUAAAAAAAAUAUGAGCUCAACAAAUUGAAAAAGCUACAUUAUGAACUAUUUACUAUUUACAUACUGACAUACUAUCGUAUCGUAUACAAUUUUCAAUUAUUACAAACAAUAUUUAGAUAAUAAUGAUAAUAAUAUAGAAACAGUCAUAGUUUGACUUAUCAUUGGUACAAAACAGUCACUGAACAGUGACAAAACUCAACAGUGGACAAUAGACUGUUCUACACUUACAGUUACAGUUCCAGCUGUACAGACUAGUUAAAAUAAAUAAAGUGAUACUAAAACUAAACUAACCUUAAACUGACUAGUCUAGUCAUUCUAGUAAUUAGUGCCUACUAAAAAUUUUCUUGUCAAUAGUAAUAGGCCUAAUGUUUACAAAAUUCAAAUAAAUAAAAUUAAAAAGAAAUGCUCUGACUCUGAAUAAUUAGAGUGUAGGGUCAGGGUUGGGGAAAGGCGAACAAUGAAAAAGGGUUGGGGGGGGGGGGGGAUGUGAAACUAUAACUAAAAGGAAAAUCUCUUCUGUAAUACUCCUAGUGUUGGGGGAGGGGUGGGGAAAGGCGAACAAUGAAAAAGGGUUGGGGGGGGGGGAUAUGAAACUAUAACUAUAAGGAUAAUCUCUUCUGUCAUACUCCUAGUGUCCUAGGCCUAGACCUUGGCAAUGAGUCAUGGUACAUAAUUAUUUAUUGUUGCUAAUUUGAUGGCGUUAUAGAGUAUAAUAGAGCAGACCACUUUUAAUUAAGCCAUUGACAAGUUUUGAGCUAGUGAUUAAUUGGCCUAGGCUGGCCUAUGUUAGUAAUUAUAACAAAUUAUAUGAUAUAUGGGUCUAUCACAGCAAUUAACUAGUAAGGUUACAAUAAAAUAUAUUUGUAAUUCUUAGUCUUAGGUUAUUAAGUAAGAUAACAUAGGCCUGCCUAAGGCUAAAGCUAUAAUAAAUUAAUCAGAUUAGGCAAUUAGGUCUAAUCUGAUUUGACUACAAAUAGAAGAGAAUAUUAUUAGGGCAUAGUUGACCUGUAUUUUUGCAGUGAACUCAGCUAAGGCAGGGCUAAUUAACAACAUUGCAAUAGCUUAUACAAUAUUUAUUUUGUAACUCAUACUCAAGAUUACUUAAGCCUUAUACUUGUAAAUAAAUAACUAAUGAAAAAAUCUAAAGAUGGUGUCUUCGGAUGACAACAAGUCCUAAAUAAUCAAUUAUAUUUUGUUGAAUUCCUUUUUUAAAAUUCAUUCAAUUUGACGGCCUUGGGGUUUGCCAAAAAGCUUUGAGAUAACUGAUGAUCCAGAUAAACGAAAACCACUAUGGUGGCAAUAUAUUAACAUGAGUUGAAAUAAUUUUUAAAUAUUACAGCUACUAAGAGCAAAUUUCAAAUUUAAAAAAAUUAAACCAGAAUCAACUUUUUAACUUAAGUACUUUUUGAGCUACGAAUUUUUAAAGUGCGAGUUUGUUUGGUAUUUUCUACUAUGGACGAAGCCUCCACAUUUUGUGACUCAUUCUGCUGAUUGUGUCUUGCGCAAUGACUAUAUAGUUUAUAUAAGGCAAAGCAUCCCCUUAUCACUAAAAUAAUAUUUUGUUAUAUUUUGAACGUUCAACUUUGGCCCAUGACUAUUUAAUUAAAGCUUUCCCUGACCAAUGGCUUAAUAGCUUUUGUACAUGUUUUCAUAUAAUCUCACACUUAUUGAAACUUAGGCCUAUUAAAAACACCUUGACCUUGAAUUAUAUGAUAGCAAAAAAUAUAUUUUUAGAAUUCUUUAUUUUGAGAUAACUUCAUGAAGUAUGAAUCACUUUGUUAUUAUUACAAUGCAAUUUACAUACAUUGUCAAUAUAUUUCAGCAUAUAUUGCCUUGGGUGGUUUACUUAUUUUUUCAAAUCUAGUUCAGUCAAAAUGGGACUGGAUAAUUAUUUUUCAUCUUGUGAUAUAUGCCAACGAUAAAACAAAGUUAUUAGACUAUAUAUCUAGGAAGAAAAAAACAACCUUAGACAUCUUUUAAUGGUUUGGUUUUGUCUAGUCUUGCAUUAUAAACAAGUGAUUGUAUAAGGCAAAAAAAAAUUAAUUUUUUUAUUUAAUACAAAAAUUUAAAUUGUACAAAAUCUGCAGUUCCCAUCACUUUGAUGAGUGCGACAAUACCAGUAAACUCCCAGUUGCUAACAAGUGUUAUUGACAUUUCCACAAGGUGAAAUAGAUGAUUUGGUAUCAAUGUUUUGUGCUUUCACCUACAAGUCUAUUUCUUCAAUAAUUCAGUGUACUAGCAAGUAUUGAACGUUACCAUGCUGAAGCAUCUUAUAGCAAUUUAAUGAAAACUUAAUAUUGCCAUGGGUUGAUAUCUUGCCUUGUUAAAAAAAAUUAAUAAAAAGGACUUUAUCAACGUGAAAAUUGAAAUAUAAAUAUAUAAUUAAGCAUUAACAUUUAACCAUCUUAAUUCUGUCAAUCUGGUUCAAAUUUACACAAAGAGCAUACACACAUAAUAAGCCUUAGAACAUUGCAUCACAGCUUGGUCUCAUGUAGUUUUGAUUGAAAGUAACAUCAGGUCUCCCAAAUUGUCAUUGAAAUUGAAGCUGUGUUAUCCACUUCAUUGAAACAUAAUUAUGGAAACCAAGAGCAAACUAUUGAAUUCUGAGAAUAUUUAAAUACAGACAGAAGAUACACACAAUAAACAAUAUAAAGUAGAAUUCAUGGACAAUGACCAGCAAUUAUUAUUUAGUACUUAUGUAAUAGAGUUUUAAAAAUAAUUAAAUAAAAAAAUAAGCAUGUUCCAACAGUAUUACCAAUGAAAUGUAUAUUUGUUUCUUUCUUAAGUUGACUAAUUUUUAAAAAACAAAUUGUUUGUAGAAUAUUUUAUGGCUUAGAAUAUUGAGGCUAUUUUAAAACCGUGUUGGGUAUUUAUGUCCGAUUAUCUGCUGAUAACACUGUAAAUCUUCGAGAAGAUAACAGGUUUUAUCUUAAGCGGCAGUAAACCAGUUUAAACAAGGCUAGUGGGAAUUUUAAAAAGUUAUAAGACCCUUGAAUGAUUUUACAAGUUUUUUUAUGAUACUCAUGAAGAACACAUAGCAUGAAAGGGCCCUAAGUUGUUCUCAAGUUUUUUUUGGCCAGGUGUCAGUUAAAGUUGUCAUCAAGAAAUUUUGGCUUCAUCCUGUAUAUAAUUUUUAGAAAACAUUAAUCAUGUGAUUUUUUUUAGUCUAACAAGCCCCACACAAUUAAGAUUUGGCAUGGUUCUGUCCUGAUAAAACCAAUGUUAUAUUUUUGUUGUUUAUGAAAAUUAAAAGGAAAUAAUACAUGAUUAAUUAUUCAUUUAGAAUUAUUGUUUAAAUCCAUGUAAAAAAUUCUAAUUCUAGUGAACUACCACAUGAUCAGUUGCAAGUAAUGAUUAACUUAGGCAAUAUUUUUAAAUUAAGGAAUACAUUUUAGUAUAAGGUUAACAAUUGAGAUAAAAUGGCAUUUCUGAGAUACCGUAUUUUCCGUCGUAUAAGAUGACCCCCAACUUUUCCUUUUAAAAUCUAGGGUUUGGGCUGUACACCAGCUCAUAAGACGACCACCGGCGUAUAAGAAGACCCCCGACUUUUGAAAAGAUUUUCAUUGGUUAAAAAGUCGUCUUAUACGCCGGAAAAUACGGUACUCUAGGUUAACAUUAAUAUAACUUAAUUAUCCUGCUAAGGAGCUGGCUACUGAACAGGUGUGACAAAUGUUACAUUUGGAGUAUAGUCAGAUGCACAAAUUACCUUCUCCUGAAAACAAUAGAUCCAUUCCUAAAGGGUGUUUAAAUAUUACAAGGUGGUGGGUGGGUGUUGGUAAAAUUGCUUUAGAAAGGAGAAAAUUAAGGUUGUCCAGGAGAAAUUAUUCAGCAUUUUUUUUUUUUUUUGGAUACAUUACCAGCCUUUUGAGAUGGCAGGGUUGGGUGCUGAGCCAUUUGUGGCAUCCUAGUCAAAACUCACUCAAGGGUCACAACUCAUGGAUAGGUCACGACUCAUUGAUAGACCAGAAUUCACUUGUGACACAUCAGUGAAUUGUAACACAUCAGUGCACCCAUGACACAAUUCACUGAUGACUGAUGUUCUUGGUAUAGCACAGUGGAACUGACAACUUUCUAUUCCAUUUAGAUUUGUCGUCCAUGUGUCCCCAGUGUAAAUAUGUAUAAAUGAUAUAGUCUACUUAAUGUUGUUGUUUCCAGCAAGUAGAUAUUUCAUUGUUAUUAUUACAAUAAAGUUGACAUUACAUUGUCAAUAUACUAGUGCAUACAUUACUGUGGGUGGUUUAUUCAUUUAGUCAAAUAUGAAUUUAACACCAUGUGACUGUUUUGAUUGUUUUUCCAUCUUGUGAUAAGUUUUCCCAGGCCUAACACAAAUUUUAACAAAAUCACACAUUUGUAUCAAACUUAUCAACUGCUUUAACUUUUAUAUCUUGUAAACUGAUAAGCUUUCCCACAACCACAUUGUGACACUGAGAAUGUUUAGGUAAUAUUCAACACGUAAUCUAGUCUCAUUUAUAUCAUCAUGAGUAUUCAUUAUCCUGUAACAGAAGUGAGAGAAUUGGCACAGAAAAUAAGAUAGGAAAUAUCAAAAGUUAAAUGACCGAAGUAACAUGGAACAUCUACAAUCUUGUGACAAGAUACAAUAUGACACAGUGCACCCUAUGGCCACUACUAGAUACUAUGUAAUACAGUCCACCCUAUGGCCACUGUGUGACACAGAUUUUUGAACCUAAUCCAAAUCAAGUGUUACGGGGCAGUUUUGCUUACAAUGAAAUGUCCACAUUUUUGAAGUUGAAAGUUUUCAGGCAUAUUUAAACAAUUCUAACCUUAACACCAAUAAAACUGAUAUCUUGACUGCUUACAGCUAUUGCAUUCCCUCAGUCUCAUAUUAAUUGCUCACUAUAACUUAUCACCCCAUAACCUGACACCAUCCUCCCUAUCCCCUAACAACAUAUUCCCUAUAAAUUCUCAAUCCCUCUCUAUCACCUGCCUACCUUCUCCCUGUAACCUGCCUACCUUCUCCCUGUAACCUGCCUUCCCCCCCCCCCCAAAUCACCUGACACCAUCCUCCUUAUAACAUGCAUCCCCUUCCUCUCUAUCACCCACCUCUUCUCCCUCCAUAUCACUGACAUGGUUUCACUAUAACCUCACUCUCUAUCACCUAUCUCCUUUCCUCCCUGUAACCUGUCCACCCUCCUGCCCUAUCACCUGACACAACCCUCCCUAUAAUCUGCUCCCUCCCUUUCUAUUGCCUCCCUCCCUACAUGCAACCUGCUGCCUCCCUCCCCAUUACGACCAUUAACUUGAAAGGUAUAGGGUAGCCAUAAGGGGCUCCCCCAUAGAAAUUUGUUCUUAAAGUUCUAUGCAAGUCGGAGAGAUUGGGAACCACUGAUAUAGAGACAUUGGUUUAUUUAUAUUUUACAAAAAAUGAGAUUUUAUUUUGGUUACGUUUUCAGUACCGGUAGCUUGUAUUACAAUAGACUUUCUCUGUCACAAAAUAGUGGUUUCCAAGCUUAUUAGACCAAAGGACCACAUUCCAAAUUACAAUUGAGUUGUGGACCACCAUUGACCUAUAUCCAGUAAUAUAGUUACUGCUAUUUAACAAUGAAAAUGUAUGAAUAUAAAACUCGGACUACCUGAAACCAUUCCGUGGACCACGGCUUGGUUGGAAACAAUUUUGAUAAAAACAUGCAGGGAAAAGUAAUUUUCAAUUUUAUUUGUUAGUUAAAAAAAUUAAUAAACUGUAAGCAUUUGUAAAACAUUUAUUCUGUUUGUUAAUCUGACUUGAACUGUGUCUAAAAUCCUAUAAAACAGAGAGGGCACGUCUCGUUUUUUCUUCCCUCUAGGGUUCUGUAAGAACGUCCAUCGAGAGGGUGACCAUGUCAUCCUCGUCUACGUACCUGAGCUCAAUGACAUGCUGCACUCUACCAAGUGGAGUAACUGUAAGUUCUGUGCUCACAAGUUCACUUAUACGCCUAUACAUCAAAUUCUCAUUUGUUACCUUAAGUAGAGUAGCUUCUCACCAAUAUUGGCCCGAGUAUUCUCCCCAAAGUUUUAAAAUAUUCCCUGAAUUAAACUAAGUUCCUCACAAGUCAGGCCUGAACAACACACAGCCUGCCAGCACCCACUUUGUUGCCCACAAAGGAACGAAAUAUUCUUUAUUCUCAUUAUUUUCUUAAUAGCUUUCCCCCCGUCCUAUUUUAUUUUGGCCCGCACAAGUUUUUCAUAAAGUAUUAUGGCCUGCCUUACAUUUUGAGUUGUGCAGGUCUGUCAUAAGUAGGAAAAAAUAAAGCCUCCAGGGUAAUCACAAAAGAAAGCAAGACUUAAUUAAAAACACAACUUGAUGAAAUAAAGCAUCAAAAGAUCAGAGAAUGUUUACACAUCUGAAGUUCUUAUGUUGUUGGCAGUUUGGAUUGAAUGGCCAUUGCAUAAACAGUCGCUGAAAAAUAAUAAUCUGUGGUGGUCUCCCCACCCCUCUGUUAUCUUGUCUCAGCAAGAAACUGUGUUUAUUCAUAUAUUAUGUGUGUAUUGUUAUAUUACCAGAUAUUUUAUAUUUUUGCAUGUCGAAUCUUUAAUUUACGGAAACUGUGUUAAUUUUUUCCAACAGCUGUUUAUGUCUUUGAUCGUGAUGUGAUGGAGGCCAUGCUGAAAGAAGAACAAGAGCGUAUUAAAUCUGACCUGGAAAAGUUUGCAGAGAAGCUCAAACAUCAUGGGGUAAGUCAUUUGACCAUGCAAGUCAAGGUGUGUGAGUAAGAAUGACUUAAGUUAGUAACAUGUUAUGAUGAUAACAUGUUAUGAUGAUAACAUGAGAAGUCAUCGCAGUUCGCUAUCACCAACACUACAUUAUCAUUGUCUGUGAAAACUAAGUCAAGGCUGAGGAAGAAAAGCUUUUAUCUUGUAUUAUAUCUACACAUGCGCAGUUGGCAAUUGAAGGACAGUGUUUCUGCUGGUCUUUAAUUUUGUCAUCUAGCUUUGUUGUCUAAUCAGGGUAGACACACCUCCUCCAUAUCAACUUAAAAGUCUAUUAUGGUGAUGUAGAUAUAGAAUACUAUUCUACUAUUGGGUUACCAACUUAUUAAUGUAAAAUUUGCUGCUUAACAUUCUUAUCUCCAUAAUUUUUACAGAUAUACAUAACUUUUGUAUGAACAGGUUUUUAAUAUAAACUUGUUAAAGCUAUGAAGUGUCACAUAUCUAUAAGACUAGACCUUGUAUACAAUGGUAACAUCCCAAAUUCUAAGGAACUUGCUCUAUGAAGGAAAUUAUUUUUUGGGAAAAUAUUCUACAUAUUUUUAAUUUAAAUUUUCAAAUAACUUAACAACCUAAGCUUUUGUAAUUUUAAGAAUUGGUUUGGGCAAACUGGUGGGAUGCCAUGACUGCCUAUAUUUUCUACUCGAAUAUGUUCUAUUAUUUUCUUAAGAAUGCUAUCAAGUGACACAUUUUCCAGAAAUUUCUUUACUAGACGGUUCUGAUUUAAUCUCUGUCUCUCUCUCUCUGUCUCUCUCUCUGUCUCUCUCUCUGUCUGUCUCUCUCUCUGUCUCACGGGCUUAAAAAAGAGAGGGGGCUACAUUCAAAAUGCAGGGAUACAUUUUAGUGUAUAAUAAGAUGUCCAUUCGUUGUUGAAGGUCGGAUUCACGUCUUCAAGUUUUUAUUUUUUCAAUUUGGCGCACUCAUUUUUAUUUCAACUGUUACCUUCAUAUUAUUAAUAUCUUUAAUUAUUUUAUUAAGAGUAAAUAAUUCAAAUAACAAAACUAAUAAACUUUAAAAAUUUACAGUACGCUUUCUGAGCCAUAAAGGCUGCCAUUAUUUCGACACAGAAAGUGAUAUCCCUGCUGUUUAGGCUGCCAUUGAGGCUGCAAUUAUUUCAACACAGAGAGUAAUAUCCCUGCUGUUGAGGCGGCCAUCAUUGGGAUACAGAGAGGGAUAUCACUGAUGUUUACUGUGGAAGAGAGCUUAGAAAUACUGAGCUACCGUUUUUAGAAGUUACAUUCAAAUACUUCAUUCAAAUCAGACUUAAUGACUGGGCCAGAUUUUUUCAGAGAAUUCUAGGUAUAAUUCAAUAUAAUUUUUGAAGAUGGGCUUUGACAAAUCACUCCCAGUUCAGGUCGCAAAUAAUCAGUGUAUUAUUUUUACAUUUCCUGUAAUUAUUAUUUUUACAGGUUGACAAUUUUGCAUUGCAAUUAUUAAUUUUCAAGGUUUCUAAAGAAAAUCAUUUGAAAAUGUUAUAUUUUUUAAAAACAUUAAUCCUGUUCCUAGAAUGUCUUGCGGGCCACACAAAAAAAUUAAACUUCUUGGUGGGUUGCGGUUUGCAAACCCGGCUCUAAUAUAUGCCCAUCCAAAUACAAAGAAAAAAAAAUUAUAUUAAAUUUAUUUAAUAAUUUAUAAAAAUAAUUCUUGUAUAUUAAAGAUUACUUAUACAUGAGACAUGAACCCAAUUUUAAAACAUUAAUUUAUGGUAUGGCAUUAUCAUUAGUGUUAAAUUUUUGUUGCUUAUAAACACAUCACUUUAACUCAUGAAAGCAGAAAUAUCACAGACGUUAAAAUUUCAUGUUUUUUUUAAAGUUUUAACUUUAAAAGAUUUUUUUUUUUUACAAUAUUUCACUGUUUUUUUAUAGUCAUAAAGUUAUUACAAGCUUUUACAGACAAGUUAUAAACUUCGAAGUGGCUAUUCGGACCUGGAUCCGAGAAGCUAGAGGUUGGGAUUAAAAUUUAAAAAAAAAUUAUUAUUGUUAGGUUGUAAGACAAAAUUUUUUAUCAAAUGAAAGAUAAUUGAAUGUACUAUAUGUUUGUAAACUUAAUUCUUCAGUUUAACUAAAAUAAAAUACCACAAAUGACAUCCAAAUAGCAGUUAAACUUACAAAAAUUUACAAACAUAUAGUCCAUUCAGUUAUCUGUCAUUUGUUUCCAAAUUUUGUCUUACAAACCCUACAUAAUUUUUAAAUAUUUUUUAAAUAACCCAAACUCUAAUUUCUUGGACCCGGGUCUGAAUAGCCGCAGCCUAUAAAUUUACUGAUGGUUGGAAAGCCUCAGACUAUUUGACCAAUGCCAAAAAAUGUAAAUAACUAAUAAAACAUUUUGACUUAUUUAAUGACUGUUGGGUUUUUCUUGUUUGCAGCUGGGUGGUAAAGUGAAAAGUGUCAUGGCGUCCAGGCCAGGCGAAGGAAUUAUUAAAGCCGCAGAAGAGGAGAAAGCAUCUCUGAUUGUGGUGGGCAGUCGUGGCAUGGGCACCAUCCGCCGCACAUUUGUGGGCUCGGUGAGCGACUACCUUGUGCACCACUCACACGUGCCCGUGUUUGUCUGCAAGCAUCCACACAAACAUGUCACAUCAGAACUGGAGCAGAAGUCACAGUAAAGGGUUCGCCUCCCUCUGACCAGUCUUUAGUUAAUCUACAUGUCUUGGGUCACCUUUGUUAGCUACAACCAUUGGGAGAAAUUUUCCCAUCACCAAUUAUAACAUGUAAAAUUGUUUGCAGCAUGUGGACUUCUAUUAUGAUGUAAAACCUUAUUAUUUGACUGGGGCAACUGCAUUGGUGAAAUACAUUCUUGUGAGUUUUAUAAAAUAAAUAAAUUUUGUGUGCUCCAUAAUUGCUGAUUGCUAACUGCCUUGAACAAUCAUCGUUAAAUGUCUUCAAAUUAACAUAGAGCAUGACCAAGUUCAAGGCACGUCUUCAAGGUAGAAUGGAAACCACUCAUUAAAUAUUUCAAGGAGUCUGAGACAAAUAAUGUCAUCAUGAAAAAACUUAAGACUUAAAAAAAAAUUCCACUGCAUUUAUCUUUACUCUUUUCUAUCUUAUCAAUGUCUCUGUUUCCUAACAUCAGUCAUGUCAGUGUCAUCAUUUUCUAACAUAAUUAAAUUAGAUUAACAAAUUCAAGUGUAGAGUAAAACCAAGCUUUCUAGCUGGUCAUCUCCCUUGGCUUGUUUCCAGUUUUUUUUAGUCAUGUGACAUUUGGUACUGUCUAACUCUUGUGAUGAUUCCAAUCUUUAGCUAUUAACUUUUCCUCCAUCAAUCUUUUAAGAAUAUUUUUUUAAAGUAUGGCUGUAUGGCUGGCUACUGAAGCAGGCCAAAACUAUUGUUCAGCACAGCUGUAGAUUGCUAAAUGAUUUAUUAUAAUAAAAAAAAAAAAUUAACUUCUUGCUAAUGUUUAAGAAAACUAUUCAUAUUUAUCAAGAUUUUCUAUGACUUAUUAUGCAAUGUUAAAAUGAAGCAAAUAUGUGUUGAAUUCUGUUUGUACGCUUUCAAUGUUUUUCUCAUGAAUUAAAUGAGGGCAGGAUGGGUGUGUGAGUGAAGCAGGCAUCAACACAUUCACACAGUGAAACAGGUCCGAGUGAUGUUGAAUAAAAUAUCUCAGAUUUUAACUUAUAAAAGGUAGAAAUAUUUGGCAACGGCUUUGUGCUCGGUAUUAAAUCAAAUAUUUCUGGCACCAGGAUUAAAGUUUUAGCAGAUGUGCAUAUAACUUAAUGGUAAAAUCUGGAUACAGUGAGGUUAGGCUAUGAAGACCAUGGGAUAUAAUUAUAUAUAUAUUAGAAUGAGCUGGUGUAUAUGCAUUAUGCUGGGAUUCUUAAAAGCAGUGAGGGUGAUUUUCUAUUAUUUUUCAGAAAUCAGAUCAAUGUAGAUUUGAUAAAAUAUAACUGUUUUUAUGCAAGUAUAAGUAAUGUUAACAUGUAUUAGUAUUAUUAUUAGAACUAAAUUAAUAUAAUAAUUUUUAUCUGUAGUUCAGGGGCCUGAAAAAGGUUGGGUGGGCCUAUAUUAAAUAGAAGAUAAACAUUACUCAAAGCCCAAGGAUGUAUCAAAUGUUAUCAACUAUACAUAAAGAUAUAAAGGGAAAAGGAUGAAAUGAGUUGUCUCACUGAGACCAAAGUCACCUCACAGUAUUCAAUUGUUGUUAGAAUCUGUAGUUCACCAAUGGAGUCGAUGUGUUUUUUUUAAUGACGUCAGGAAUUUUUUAAACCUGCUAUUAUUGAUUUGGGAGGCUGAGGGAGGUUGGGGGCGGUGAUGGGGGGUGGGGCUGCAGGCCUGUUGUGUUACAAUUAAUAAACAUUAAUCACAAAUAAUUUGAUGGAGUCAUAUUGCAAACUGUUAAACGAUUUUAUCUAACAUCUGGCAUUUCAAUUUAUAUCUCUCUGCAUUGUCUACAUUAUUUCUGAACCCAACAUUUUUCUCCUUGUAGACCAACCAUGUAUUCUGAACCUAAAAUUUUCUUCAAUGCUUUCAAAUAUUCAAGUUUAAAUUUUCCAUUUCCAGCAUUCCAAUUUCUAUGGAUAAUUGGAUUGUUUUGAUAGUCAUUUAGAUAUUUUUCUAUUUCUUACUGGUGUUCAAUAGUGUUGUUUGCCAUCAUAUUUUUAAAAUAAAAAUUGAUUUUGAAUUGAAUAAAAUAACCGGAUGAAAAUAUUGUCAAAAUAUCCUUUUUUUUAUUAAAAAAAAAAUUAAAUAAAUAUUAAUUCAGUCAACUUUCAAGCCAACGAACAAUGGCUCACAAACAAUAGACAUUAAAAAAAAAAUAAAAAGAAACAAAAAUGGUUGACGUCUGCGGUGUGCAAUCAAUCAUCCACUUUUCAUGCAGUAGUAUCACUGCCACUUGACUUUUUGAGUCCCCCUUGUCUUAAUCCCCC